GUUCAACCCUUCGAAGUGCAAUUAUGAUUUUUUAUUAUAGCAACUUCAUACGUCUAAUUUCAUUACAAUGGCGGCUCUGUCUCCGUCCGAGCGGCGUCUUCAAAAAGAACUUAUGUCAUUGAUGAAAGAACCACCUCCAGGAGUCACCGUAGACGGAGAUCAGGCCAGUCAAAAUCUAACACUAUGGACAGUACACAUGGAAGGCGUACCUGGAACAUUAUAUGAAGGCGAAAAGUUCGUGUUGCAGUUCAAAUUCACAAACAAAUACCCCUUUGAUUCCCCUGAAGUAACGUUCAUAGGCAACAACAUUCCCGUUCACCCGCACGUGUACUCGAACGGGCACAUCUGCCUCUCGAUCCUCACCGACGACUGGUCGCCGGCGCUGUCGGUGCAAUCAGUCUGCCUCUCGAUCGUGUCGAUGCUCAGUAGCUGUAAGGAAAAGAGACGACCGCCUGAUAAUUCGUUCUACGUUAAAACCUGUAAUAAAAAUCCUAAGAAAACAAAAUGGUGGUAUCAUGAUGAUUCGGUGUAGCAAGCCAUGCGGUUCAUUCUAUCGAACAUGGAUGAUUAAAUCUCAGUAUGUGAUAAGUGUUAUAAUAAUGAGGAUGUACGGUGCGCGAACGAGUCCGGGACGGGGCGCGUCGAACGACGGACUUAUUUUCUUCAACGAGGAUCAAAAUGUCCGUCACAAACGCGAUCAUAUCGCACAUACAGAGCUAUAAUGUCACUUAUGCGAUUCUUGUCUGAGAAAAUCAAAUUUUUUUAUAGUUAUUAGUGAGACGUUUGCUUUUACUGAUACUCUUCCCCCUGAAGCUCUUCCCCCAACCUACGCAAUAAAAAAAAUCUUUAAUAGAGAAGAACUAUAUAACAGUAAUAUUUAGUUGAAUUUUCAAAUUCUUCUCCUGAAAAAUUACAUAAUUUGCAUAAGUGAUGUUAUAGCACUGUAUGUGCGAUAAUACCUGAUCGUUUAAAAUUCAUAAACGUUGAUUUGCACGGUACGAAAUUCGGAGCGGGCUGAGGAACGUUGUUGUCCAGAGCUAACGAAGGCGACGCGAAUUUAGUGAUGUUUACAGUCGACAGCGAUAAUCGCACGACAGACUUGCGGACAGACAACGUGUCCUCGUGCGAUGGAAGCUGAUUCUCGUUGUCCUUGAACGAAGUCAAAAUUGAGAUUAAGUAUGGUGUGGUUGUAAUAUGUAAUUAAAUUGUAUAAUAUUAAUGUGUCUCGUUGAUAAGUUUUAAUUUAUCCUGUAAAAAAAAACGUUUGCAAAAUUAUGAUUGUUUCUUGUGAUUAAAAGACUCGACGCUGGGGCCGGCUCGAGUCGACCGGUGUUGUCAGAGCAAAAUAUUUGGUGGCUGUAGUAGUAGCAUUUCGUUUGAGUAGCGCAGAUUCAACUCGAGUUUUUUUUUUGUUAUUUUACAUUUAAUACGUUUUUUAUAUAUUUAUUUUCAUAAUUUAUGUUUAUAAAAAAUUCAAUUGUAUUUGGCAUACAAUGAUAAAUGAAAAUGCUACUGUUUGUUCAUACGACAUACUCUUGUUUAAUUAACUGUACAUACAACUUACCUUUAGUUAAUGUAAUUAUUCAAAUCUUGUAAAUUUUAGUUUAUAAAUAAUCUUUAACGUUACGAUUUAUUAUUUGAUCCAAAUGAACUUGCAUCUUUUUCAUCUUUUUACCUCGAACCGUCCAAAUUAGUCAAGUUAAUGAAUGCUGAUGAUUUUCAAUUAAGUCUGCACUAAAGAAGCAUGCGAAGGAAACGGAAAAAGUUCGAAUCCGGAUAAAUCUUCAGUUUUGUCUCACAUUAAUUUCAGCUCGAUAUAAAAGUCGAAAGUCGAGUUCACAGAUCAUUACAGAUAAAAGCCAAAUUGAAGAAGACAUUAUUUAUAACUUUUAUUAAUUUCAAAAUCAAAACAAUGAAAUACAUGUUCGUAAAAUAUUUUUUCUCGAAACUGAAAUGGAACAACAAAAUUAAAACAAGUAAAAGACACAACCUAUUGUUCCCUUAGCCCCUUUUCUUUAAACUGUGAAUUUUUAAAUAACACUCUAUACAUUUCCGUUCUAAAAGUUCGGCAUUUCAAUCAGUAAACUAAUGUAACAAGCGAACAACAAAAAAAUAUAUUUAAAUUAUUAAAUCAAAUAAAUGGUUACGCAAACUAUCAUUACCGCAUUUUAAUUGGAUCGUAAAACAAUAACCCACGAAUACACUAGUAAAAUGUAAUUAUGUAUGAUAAUUGAAUUGCUUUAGUUAUGUUAUAGCGUGCCUUGUGUGCCUCUCAAUCAAAUAUUAAAAAACAAAAAUCUCUGACAUUUUUAAUUCAGUACCAAACAUUAAAUGAGUUGGAAAGUCAUUAGUUAAGAGCUUGAAAACAUUUGUUUUUGCAUCAUACAAUUAUAUGUUAAUAUUUUUGGAUUUUAUAAAAGCUUAAUAAAAAAAAAUGUUGUGGCCAACUUACUCAUGCCUUGUGCCCAUGUAGAGGGCGUAUGCAAUAGUUCACGAAAACGAAGACAACGCUGUUUUAUUUUAGGUAAUUUAUGCAGGGGAGAAGUAAGGAGCACCGUCUUGUGUAGGGGACAAGUUGAAAGUGUUGACCUGUAAUCAUUAAGUUGUAGUUCGGAGAUUCACCGACAUAGCGCUAGUGUUGGAAGUGGAGUGCGGCAGUUUAAAUCUCUCCACUUGCUACUGUAGGCCACCUUAAUUAGCUCCCUUUCAACGGACAGUUUUUAAUACACUGAGACCUUACUUCUUACUUACUUCUACCCUCAAUAAAAUAGUUUAAUGCAACUAAAUACAAACACGCACGCGUCUCAAGUAACGUAACUGACUCACGUACUCACAAAAUACACAAGUAUUCAUGCUCGUUGGUGCCGCAAUCGAGCACAAUUACUGACUCGCCUUAGGGAUUGGAAUUGCUUUAUCUUUUAACUUUCUCUUUUUAUUAAAAAAAAUCUUGUAAAUGUGCGAAAAAACGUUUUAUUUUUAAAUUGGUAACCCUAAGGUUUAUCAGUGACUUGUAAACAAAUGAAAAAAGAUCGAUUGAUGAACAGGAUACGAGGACGCUGAACUGUUUUGUGCUUCUCUAGUUAUGUUCAGAUUUUGAAAAAGGAAUAUUGUUAGCUUUUUUUGUCGAAGCAGUUGUCUCGCUUCUGCAAACGGUCCAUAUACACUGCCUGUAUAUACGGAACGUGAGGUGUGUUCAGGAGCGCUCACGAUUAGCAGCCUGACACCAAUAUUUUCAUUGCUAAUGGAACGAGUGAUUGCGAGUUAAAAUUAUCGUCUGACUGACUAAUUUGAAAACAUAAACUAGCAAAGAUUAAUUACAUUAAGCAAUUUUAGACCAAAAAUAUUACGCAGUUUAUUUUUUAAUCCCUUUUACUCUUUUUCGUAUGUUUUUUUGCCAUUUGUAAACUUAGGUUUAUAUAGAGAGCUACCAGACAUUCAUGUAUUAGGUUUUUUUUAAAUAUAGCAACACAUUCCUGUAAUAAUACUGAUUCACCGAUUUUAUUUGUCUUUUAUGUAUCAAAAUAAAUGCUUAAUUUAUUUAAAUAAACGUAAUAGUCAAAACACGUUUUAUCACUUGAUUUUACGGGAAGAUUUAGAGAAUGGGCAAACGAGCGUACGGCCCUCCUCUUCUUAAAUUGUUACCAGACUCCAAGUGCCUAUUUCUGCCGUGAAGCAGUAAUGCGUUUCGGUUUGAAGGGUGGGGCAGCCGUUGUACUGUUAAACUAAGACAUUGGAACUCGUGUAUCAAGGUGGGGGCAUUUACGUUGUAUAUGUCUAUGGGCUCUGGUAAUCACUGAACACUAUGUGAGCGAUGAGCUGGUCCACCUGCUAAGCACUAAAACAAAGGACGCUACAGUGUGAUUGAUACUGCCUUGAGGCAUGAGGUCUAGGUCUGCGGAUUCUUCGAACCGAACCGCACAAUUACUUCGCAGCAGUAAGAGAAAGGGUGGUCAUUAGUACCGAUAUUUUAAGCUUUAUUGAAAAUUCAUUAAUAAAACCUUCAUAUGUUUCAAUGUGA